AGUUGGAGCCAGACCAGGAGCUCAAGCCUGAGUUGGAGUCAACGUUGCUUUUGCUUAAGCAGCAGAAGGAAAGAAGUUGAAAGGAUGCUGCUCAUGUUGGGACUGCUCAUCUCCUUCCUGUCUUUCCUGUAUGUGCUAGCCCCUUCCAUCAGGAAGUUCUUUGCUGGUGGGGUUUGUAGAACAGACGUGCAGCUUCCCGGGAAGGUAGUGGUGAUCACUGGCGCCAACACCGGCAUCGGCAAGGAGACAGCCAGAGAGCUCGCUCGCAGAGGAGCCCGAGUAUACAUUGCCUGCCGGGAUGUGCUGAAGGCGGAGUCUGCUGCUAGUGAAAUCCGAGCUGACACGAAGAACUCCCAGGUGCUGGUACGGAAACUGGACCUCUCUGAUACCAAAUCCAUCCGAGCUUUUGCUGAAGGCUUCCUGGCAGAAGAAAAGCAACUCCACAUUCUGAUCAAUAAUGCAGGAGUGAUGAUGUGCCCAUACGGCAAGACAGCUGACGGGUUUGAAACCCACCUGGGAGUCAACCACCUGGGCCACUUUCUUCUCACCCACUUGCUUCUGGAGCGUCUAAAGGAGUCCGCUCCUGCCCGGGUGGUGAACCUGUCAUCAGUGGUGCAUCACUUUGGCAAGAUUCACUUUCACGACCUCCAGAGUGAGAAGAACUACAACUCAUGCUUUGCCUAUUUCCACAGCAAGCUCGCCAAUGUACUUUUUACUCGUGAGCUGGCCAAGAGGCUCCAAGGCACGGGGGUCACCAUCUAUGCAGUGCAUCCAGGCAUCGUCAGGUCGGAGCUGGUCCGGCAUUCUUUCCUGCUGUGCCUGCUGUGGCGGCUCUUCUCCCCUUUUGUCAAGUCGGCACGGGAAGGGGCACAGACCAGUUUGCACUGUGCCUUGGCUGAAGGCCUGGAGCCCCUGAGUGGCAAGUACUUCAGUGACUGCAAGAGGGCCUGGGUGUCCCCCAGAGCCCGGAAUAAUAAAACAGCUGAGCGCCUGUGGGUCGUCAGCUGUGAGCUUCUGGGAAUCCACUGGGAGUAGAGCUCAUGGAAGAGCCACAGCUUAUUCAGGCUCAGUCUUUGCCAUUACGAAGAGUGGCCAAAUAGACGAGCAACCGUGAAGCUGGGUGUUGUGAAUCCCGUCCUCUGCGUCUUCUGAUCCUCCAGGAAACCUUUGCACACCCAAUCUUGUAAGAUUGACUCAUGGCACAAGACAUCAAAACUACAGAGCAUUCUUCUCUAAGACUGCGGAGUUGAUUACCCUCUAGGCUGGGAGGACAGGGCAGGUCCUAGUCCUGCAGGAUGGUGGAAGAGCCUUGGAAAUUGGGUCAAUUUCCUCACCAAUGCCUGAAACCGCAGCCUGCGUGCUCAGCUGAGAUGACGGGAGCAUCAGCAUUACAUAUUCCCAAGAAACAUAGACUCAAACUCUUGACUGAUCUCUUUUUCCUUUAUAAAAUCCUACUUCUAUCUGGACCCCCUCACAGUCUGGACUACCUCAGGAUAGUCAUGACUAAGCUUGGCCAAAUUUCUUUCUUUCUUUUGAGCCUCCUGGAGACCCUGUGUGAAGCUGAACCUUCCUGUUUCUUUCUCACCUUCUUAAAAGAAUUAAAAACAUUAUUUUGAGCUUUAUUGAGAUAUAAUUGACA